ACUGUUUAUGUACUCACGGUGACUAAGUAGUGUGCGGAAUCAACCGAUGUGCUAUCUUGUGUAAUGAAUUAGCGGCUGCACUGCAGCGUAUAAAACUGCAGAUUUAACUUUCCUAUUGAUUAGAGCAUCCUGCGACCUCGAACACGUAGGCAUCUACGAGCUAAUUCAUCCUUCUACGCAUCCUAGUCGCCCUCUCAAAGCCCCCAUCUAACCUCGAACCAGCUCAAGAUGCCUAAGCCAGCAGUGCAAGUUGGCGACGAUCCCGAUCCAUCGGAAUGGCUGUACAUUUCGGAGGAAAUGAAGCGGGCUGAUCAGAGCAAGCCUUACGAUGCGAAGAAGGCCUGCUGGGUUCCGGAUGAAGCGGAAGGCUACUUACAAGGUGAAAUCAAGGCCACCAAGGGAGAAUUGGUAACCGUCGGCCUGCCCGGAGGAGAGACGAAGGAUUUCAAAAAAGAUCUGGUUGGCCAGGUGAACCCUCCCAAAUACGAAAAAUGUGAGGAUAUGUCUAACUUGACCUACCUCAACGAUGCGUCCGUUUUACACAACUUGAGAGAACGCUACAGAGCAAGACUUAUUUAUACAUACUCUGGACUGUUCUGCAUUGUCAUCAACCCCUACAAACGAUGGCCCUUAUACACCCUUCGAGUCGCCAAGAUGUACCGUGGCAAGCGUCGUAAUGAAAUCCCUCCGCAUCUGUUCGCUAUUUCUGACGGUGCCUACGUGAAUAUGCUGACCAACAAGGACAACCAGUCUAUGUUGAUUACCGGAGAGUCUGGUGCCGGAAAAACUGAAAACACGAAGAAGGUCAUUGCGUACUUUGCCACUAUCGGUGCGAGUAAGAAAGAUACCGAAGGCAAACCAUCCCUGGAAGAUCAGGUCGUCCAGACCAAUCCCGUACUGGAGGCCUACGGUAACGCAAAGACCGUGCGUAAUGACAACUCCUCCCGUUUCGGUAAGUUCAUCCGUAUCCACUUUACUGGAUCCGGUAAACUGGCUGGUGCCGAUAUUGAGACUUAUCUGCUAGAAAAGGCUCGUGUCAUCUCUCAGCAAACUUUGGAACGUUCAUACCACAUUUUCUACCAAAUAAUGGCCGGAUCUGUGAAAGGAUUGAAAGAGAUGUGCUUCUUGUCUAACGAUAUUUACGAUUAUCAUAACGUCGCUCAGGGUAAAGUCACAAUCCCAAAUGUCGAUGACGGCGAGGAAUGUAAGCUGACCGAUGAAGCCUUCGAUAUCUUGGGUUUCACCCAGGUUGAGAAAGACAAUAUCUACAAAAUCACUGCAGCGGUCAUGCACAUGGGCGGUAUGAAGUUCAAGCAAAAAGGUCGUGAGGAGCAGGCCGAGGCCGAUGGCACAGAGGAAGGUGAUCGCGUCGCCAAACUGUUGGGCUGCGUUACGGAGGAUCUGUAUAAGAACUUACUGAAACCACGUAUCAAGGUCGGUACCGAGUACGUCACCAAGGGUCAAAACAAGGAUCAGGUCUACAAUGCUGUCGGUGCCCUUUGCAAAGGUAUUUUCGAUCGUCUGUUCAAAUGGCUGGUCAAGAAGUGUAACGAAACGCUGGAUACCAAACAGAAGCGUGCGCAGUUCAUCGGUGUACUGGAUAUUGCAGGUUUCGAAAUUUUCGACUUCAACGGCUUCGAGCAGCUUUGUAUUAACUUCACCAACGAGAAACUGCAGCAAUACUUCAACCAUCACAUGUUUGUACUGGAACAGGAAGAGUACAAGAAGGAAGGUAUUAACUGGGCCUUUAUCGAUUUCGGUAUGGAUUUGCUGGCUUGUAUUGAACUGAUUGAAAAGCCCAUGGGUAUUCUCUCCAUUCUUGAAGAAGAAUCUAUGUUCCCGAAAGCCACUGAUCAAACCUUUGCUGAGAAGCUGAUGACGAACCAUUUGGGCAAGUCUCCCCCAUUCAUGAAGCCCAGACCACCAAAGCCAGGUAUUCAAGCCGGACACUUUGCCAUCGGCCAUUACGCCGGUGUCGUUUCAUACAACAUCACUGGCUGGCUAGAAAAGAAUAAGGAUCCUCUGAACGACACUGUCGUCGAGCAGUUCAAGAAGGGGCAGAACGAGCUGCUGGUUGAAAUCUUCAGUGAAGCUGCGCCCACUGCAGCUGAGGGAGGAGCGCCUGCUAAGGGUGGACGUGGCAAAAAGGGUGCCGCCUUCGCAACUGUGUCUUCGUCCUACAAGGAACAGCUGAACAACUUGAUGACAACUUUGGAGUCGACUUCACCUCAUUUCGUCCGUUGUAUCAUUCCCAAUGAAUUCAAGCAGACCGGUCUUAUUGACGCUAAAUUGGUUAUGCAUCAACUGACCUGUAACGGUGUGCUUGAAGGUAUUCGUAUUUGUCGUAAAGGUUUCCCUAACAGAAUGAUGUAUCCUGAUUUCAAGCAGCGAUAUCUUAUCCUGGCUCCAGCUGCCAUGACUGCUGAAACAGAACCAAAGAAAUCCGCGGAAAAAUGUUUCGAAGCUAUUCAAUUGGAUCCUGAUUCCUACCGUAUCGGUCAUACCAAGGUAUUCUUCCGCGCUGGUGUCCUGGGUCAGAUGGAAGAUUUCCGUGAUCAACGUUUGUCUAAGAUUAUGUCCUGGCUGCAGUCCUGGUGUCGUGGUUACCUGGCUCGCAAAGAGUUCGAAAAGAUGCAAUCUCAGCGUGUCGCUUUGGAGAUUGUCCAACGCAACUUGCGCAAAUAUCUCAAGCUACGUACUUGGGCCUGGUGGAAACUGUGGCAGAAGGUCAAGCCACUUCUGAAUGUCUCCCGCGUUGAGGACCAGAUUGCUAAACUUGAAGAAAAGGCACAAAAAGCCACAGAGGCAUUUGAGAAAGAGGAGAAACUCCGCAAGGAGCUAGAAGCUAUGAAUAGCAAGUUAUUAGCUGAAAAGACUGCUCUGUUGGACUCCUUAUCCGGUGAAAAGGGAGCUCUGCAGGAAUAUCAAGAGAAAGCCGCCAAAUUAACCGCCCAAAAGAAUGACCUGGAGAACCAACUUCGUGAUACUCAGGAGCGCUUGGCUCAAGAAGAAGACGCUCGUAAUCAGCUCUUCCAGACCAAGAAGAAACUCGAGCAGGAAAUUUCCGGUCAGAAAAAGGAUGCUGAAGAUCUUGAGCUCCAAAUCCAAAAGAUCGAACAGGACAAAGCAUCCAAGGAUCACCAAAUCCGCAACUUGAAUGAUGAAAUUGCGCAUCAGGAUGAACUGAUCAACAAGUUGAACAAAGAAAAGAAAAUGCAGGGCGAAGUGAACCAGAAAACCGCUGAAGAAUUACAGGCCGCCGAAGAUAAAGUGAACCACUUGAACAAGGUUAAAGCCAAGCUGGAACAGACCCUCGAUGAACUGGAAGAUUCAUUGGAACGCGAGAAAAAGCUGCGUGGUGAUGUCGAUAAGGCGAAACGCAAGGUCGAAGGUGACCUCAAGUUGACUCAGGAAGCUGUCUCCGAUCUUGAGCGCAACAAGAAAGAGUUGGAACAAACUAUUAUGCGCAAAGAUAAAGAAAUAUCAGCCCUAUCCGCCAAGCUAGAAGAUGAACAAAAUCUGGUGGGUAAACUCCAGAAGCAAAUCAAAGAGCUGCAGGGCCGUAUUGAAGAGCUGGAGGAAGAAGUUGAGGCAGAACGGCAGGCUCGUGCCAAGGCUGAAAAGCAACGUGCGGAUUUGGCUCGUGAACUUGAGGAACUGGGAGAACGUCUAGAAGAGGCGGGUGGCGCUACUUCAGCGCAGAUUGAGCUCAACAAGAAGCGUGAGGCUGAACUUGCCAAGUUGCGUCGUGACUUGGAGGAAGCAAACAUCCAGCAUGAAGGUACCUUGGCUAACCUUCGCAAGAAGCAUAAUGACGCUGUUGCUGAAAUGGCGGAACAGGUGGAUCAGCUGAACAAGCUGAAAACGAAAGCGGAGCACGAUCGUGCUAAUAUGUACAAUGAGCUGAACAACACUCGAUCAGCUUGUGAUCAGCUUUCACGUGAAAAGGCUGCCCAAGAGAAGAUUGCCAAACAGCUACAGCAUACCCUGAACGAAGUACAAGGAAAGUUGGAUGAAACGAAUCGUACCCUCAAUGACUUUGAUGCUGCCAAGAAGAAGCUGUCGAUCGAAAACUCCGACUUGCUCCGCCAGCUAGAAGAUGCAGAGUCGCAGGUUUCACAGCUAAGCAAGAUCAAGAUCUCGCUAUCGCAACAGCUUGAGGAUACGAAGCGUCUUGCCGAUGAGGAAGCUCGAGAACGUGCCACCCUUCUCGGUAAAUUCCGUAACCUGGAGCACGAUCUGGACAACCUUCGCGAACAAGUUGAGGAAGAAGCGGAAGGCAAGGGUGACAUUCAACGCCAGCUCAGCAAGUCUAACGCCGAAGCGCAACUGUGGCGCAGCAAGUACGAAUCCGAGGGAGUUGCUCGCGCUGAGGAGUUGGAGGAAGCUAAGAGGAAACUUCAAGCUCGCCUCGCCGAAGCCGAAGAAACUAUCGAGUCCCUCAACCAGAAAUGUAUUGCUCUGGAGAAAACUAAGCAGCGCCUGUCUACCGAAGUGGAAGAUCUGCAGCUUGAAGUGGACCGUGCUUCAUCGAUAGCGAAUGCGGCAGAGAAGAAACAAAAAGCAUUUGAUAAGAUUAUUGGAGAAUGGAAGCUCAAGGUUGACGACCUGGCUGCUGAGCUGGAUGCGUCCCAAAAGGAAUGCCGUAACUAUUCUACCGAGCUGUUCCGACUUAAGGGUGCAUAUGAAGAAGGUCAAGAACAGCUAGAAGCUGUGCGACGAGAAAACAAGAACUUGGCUGAUGAAGUUAAGGAUCUGCUCGACCAAAUCGGUGAGGGAGGCAGAAACAUUCAUGAAAUCGAGAAGUCUCGUAAACGGUUAGAAGCAGAGAAGGAUGAACUUCAAGCGGCCCUCGAGGAAGCUGAAGCUGCCCUGGAACAGGAAGAAAACAAGGUCCUGCGAGCGCAAUUAGAACUUUCCCAGGUGCGACAAGAAAUCGACCGACGCAUUCAGGAGAAGGAAGAAGAGUUUGAAAACACGCGCAAAAAUCACCAGCGCGCACUUGAUUCCAUGCAAGCCUCGCUAGAAGCCGAAGCCAAGGGUAAGGCUGAAGCUCUACGAAUGAAGAAAAAGUUAGAGGCUGACAUCAACGAGCUUGAAAUCGCCUUGGACCAUGCGAAUAAGGCAAAUGCUGAAGCCCAGAAGAACAUCAAGCGAUACCAGCAACAACUCAAGGACGUCCAAGGUGCACUUGAAGAGGAACAGAGGGCACGUGAUGAUGCCCGCGAGCAACUGGGUAUCUCUGAGCGCCGCGCCAAUGCCCUACAGAAUGAACUGGAGGAAUCGCGAACACUCCUUGAGCAAGCUGACCGUGGUCGACGACAAGCGGAGCAGGAACUCAGUGAUGCUCACGAGCAGCUGAAUGAAGUAUCAGCGCAAAAUGCAUCUAUUGGCGCCGCCAAGAGGAAACUUGAGUCUGAACUGCAAACGUUACAUUCUGAUCUCGAUGAACUGCUAAACGAGGCUAAGAAUUCCGAAGAAAAGGCCAAGAAGGCUAUGGUUGAUGCCGCCCGUCUAGCCGAUGAACUUCGAGCCGAGCAGGAUCACGCGCAAACACAGGAAAAACUAAGGAAAGCUUUGGAGCAACAGAUCAAAGAACUCCAGGUCAGAUUAGAUGAUGCAGAAACAAAUGCCCUGAAAGGAGGUAAGAAAGCAAUCCAGAAACUGGAGCAACGCGUGCGGGAAAUUGAGUCCGAAUUAGACAGCGAACAGAGGAGGCAUGCUGAUGCACAGAAAAACCUCCGGAAAUCUGAGCGUCGCAUUAAGGAGCUAACCUUCCAGUCUGAGGAAGACCGUAAGAACCACGAACGAAUGCAGGAUCUCGUCGACAAACUACAACAGAAGAUCAAGACUUACAAGAGGCAGAUUGAGGAAGCCGAGGAAAUUGCCGCCUUGAAUCUCGCCAAAUUCCGCAAGGCCCAGCAAGAAUUGGAGGAAGCAGAGGAGCGAGCAGACAUCGCUGAACAGGCAGCGACUAAAUUCCGUACAAAAGGAGGACGUGGAGGAUCAGCACAACGAGGUGUCAGUCCAGCAGUUAGUACGUUGUAAGACGUCGGUGGCACGUCAAUUCGACUCUUUUGUCGUCACCAGACGUAAGCGAGAAGUAGCAGCAUUAAUGCAAAACCAGUUGCAUGGUAUGGAGAUUCCGUUUAUUUCGAUGAGCUAUUUUUACGAUGACAAUAAGGUACAUUAAACGACGAAACAAUGUCUAUUUAUUAGAUAUAAUGUAAAAACAUUUAUAAUGAGUUUUAUAAAUAACGGAUGCGAAUAUAUUAGAGACGUGCAUAUUUA